CUGGUACGGACAGAAUUACGAAUAAGGAAACGAAAAAUCCCUGAAGGUUUGAGACUAAAGCAAUAACACAACUAGUUAAAAAAAUAAUGUAAACCAACAUGAAUGCUUGUAUUUUUUAAUUAAUACUGUUUGUGACUUAAUGCAAAAUGUUACACAGAUAUACAGAGUAAAAAGAAAUAACUAAAUUACAGUGUAUGUGCACCAUGACAAUGGUAAAUAUGUUGCAUUCAAUAAUUUGGCAUUCUCUAUUUCCUUUUAUGACUAUUCCGUUUAAUUUCCCUUAUACAAACACAGUUAUCUGACACGUUUCCUCGAUCAAUCUAAUUAUAAAGUAAUAAAAAAUAUCAAUUUUAACAAAUAUUUACUGCCAAUCACACAAUGGAAGCCUUUGGUGUAAAAUAUUGUAUUGUUUUCAAUGCGACGAUUCAGAUAAUCUCUGCAAAUUGUCUGAAAAGAAGAGACGAAGAUGGAAAUUGCACAUGCUCUGGGUAUUUUUACGAUAAGAUUUCCGAUGAAUGCAAAGAGUGUCCUUCUGGAUACAUAGGUCAGGAUUGCAAGAUUAUGUGUCGUUACCCUGGGUAUGGGGAACAAUGUCAACAAGAAUGCGAUUGCAAUGCAGAAUACUGCAACUUUCGGAUUGGUUGCAUAAACUCUAUUGAGAAUUCGACCAAUUACAAUGAGGAAAACUUGUCAUCUGGGUCUGUUACUGUUACGGAACGUACAACUAUAAUAACAGUAGUAACUAUCAUAGUUUUAGCGUUAAUAUUUCCUUUAUUUUUAUUUUUUUCAAAACUUCUUCUCAUUCGUCGAAAAACUAGGCGUACUGCAGCACAAGCAGAUACUUCUGCUUCCUUUGAAGAAAAUAACUUGCAUAAUGUGGUGGACGAAUUUCCAUUAGGGGUAGGCCCUCAGAAUCACGCAAUGGAAGAUGUUAAUCCUAUAAAUGAAGAUCUGCAAAUGAUUGAGGACGAAAAUCCAACACGAUUUGAAAGAAACAUGGAGAAAAAGAAAACAAAUACUUUGAAAAAGAAUGCUGAAGUUACCAACAUAAGAGAGACAGAAAAUAUAUAUACUUUAGCAUUUGCAUCCUUUGGAAGUGUGAUGAUGAAAAUGUCGGUUCAUGAUUAUUCCCCACUUCAAUUCAACUAAUUUACUUAUGUUCUUUUAAA